AUGAGCGACCCUCCGCCUCCUCCUCCCGACCCAGCAAAGCCAUGGGCGCAGUAUCUCCUGCAGCCUCACAACCCACACCCCUCCCCCCUCUCCGGCACCCAAGACCUGAUCUCCCUCUUCCACCUCUCGCCCCUCUACGAUACCUUUCUCCGCCCCUACCUGCCCGCGAACCUCGCUCCCAUCCCAGGCUCGGCCGGCGCAGAGGAGGUUGAGGCGGGAGGGGGAGCGGUCAAGGGCCAAGUGUUGUUGGGCAAGGCAGCGCAACUUGCGGCGCAGGGCGGACAGUUGAAGGCUUCUCCAGCGAGUCCUAUGCCUGCCUCCUCCUCUGCUCCCGCGGCGGGGGAAGCGAAAACUGUAGGGGCGGGACUGAAGAUCACGCUUGGAGGGAUCAAGUUGGCUGGGACGACGGUCGCUGCGGGCGCAGAGAGUGCGGACGGAGCGGGCGCGGGCGGGAAGAAACCCAAACGACCAAAGAUGGACAAGUCGUUCGAUUACAUGGUUGGAGACGUGCUUGGCCGCAUCUCCCAACCACACCCCUCCUCCCACCCCUCCUCCUCCCUCCUCUACCUAAUCUCGAACCCCGACCCCGCUCCCUGUCCGCCGAUCCACCCUCUCGACCCCUCCCAACUCCGAGACGCAUUCACGCUCAAGCAGGGUGGGUUGAGUGGGUUUGAUAUGAGUUUGUGGGAGGGACGAGGGGGAGAAAAGGGAGGGGGGAGGAAGAAGAAGAAGCGGAAACAGGACGACCUUGCAGCGGCAGGCGACACGCAAAAGAAGCAAAAGCGAUGA